AUAUCUCACAAUAAUCCCUAGUAUUUACAAACAUUCGCGAUUUCAGGGCCGUGACGAAUGUGUCCGCGACAUUACGGGUUCGCCCAAUCUCGAUAUUUGCUUGUGGAGUGUAAGCGCGUCGAGAAGAAGGCAAGGAAAGGACGGCGGACGAGUUCAAUGACCGCAUGUUUGAGCAGUUGUGUAUUUUGUACUGGCAAUUUGCUUCGUGAUGAAGAUGGUCGACGUUUCACUCUAAAGAGCGUGAUCACAGCGAAAAUUCGUGACUAAUCUGCUCCGUGAACUUGAGAAGAUUCUUUUGGAAUAAUAACAAAGUGAUACAGCAGUCCAACGUAGUCUAGCAUCUGUCACGACAAUAGAAGCCAACUGGACGAUUUGCUUCGCACUCGGCUUCGAACACGGCGUCGUAUAAUUAACGAAUAUCGAAAUAAGAAAAAAAAUAUUCCGAAUUGUGUACAUCGCUGUUUUCGCUGGUAGUAAACGGGUAUUACAUGGCAAUCGUCACCGAAAAGCUGAUAGCCAAAAACGUUCGUUGACUUGAACGGAUUUAAGAAAUAAACAUGAAAAGCGAUAGACACAUGCGAUAGAAGUAAACACAACAAGGUGACACACAACAAGGGGAGGUGACAAGGACAACACGUGCGAUUCUGAUAUAAGGAAGAAGGGGGAACGAAGAGGAGGAAGGAUAAAAGAAGAGGUAGUAGUAGUAGUAGUAGUAGAAGCAGCAGUAUAGUGUCGGACAACACAUGGACAGUUAAGCCACGGCACUGGGUGGCGGUACGUGACGUUACGUUGCAGUGCGAGGAAGUGAUUGAGCCAAGAUUAUACGCGCGUUGUAAGCAGAACGAGAGGUGUGCAGAGAGGCGAGUCGAAAGAACGAGUGCGCGCGUUCAUGCGUGCAACAAUACACACGUCUCUCGCGAGGUGUUUACAGCGCGUUGUCGCGCUCGUCUCGUCAUUCUGUACGCGGGUGUUGUUGAAGGAGCACCGCACUUUCCGGUUCGUGUCCGGACUGUGCCGCAUUUGUCCGUGAUUCUGGAGAGAUCGCUCUUGAACAUCGCUGUUUCUACUAUCGCGGCAAACGCACGCGCGACCCUCCUCCCGAGGACGAGGACGUCGCGUCGUUGAUCAUUGUUACGGACAGAGGAGGAGAACGAAGAAAAUGGCCGACAGUUGGAUUAACAGUGUUGUUUGCCGAUACUUCAAAAACGGCGUCUGUCGCGAAGGCGGCAACUGUCGAUUUCGACAUAUACAAGGGACCAGAGAUGACACAGAUGUCAAUACUGCUGAGACAACACCGUCCGGACCAAUCUUCAAUGUCACAUGUCGCUUCUUCAAGCAAGGAAUAUGUAGGUUUGGGAGUCAAUGCCACUUUCGACAUAGUGCAAACGGUUCCGAUAGUAAUGCCAAACAAAGCAAUUCAGUGGAGAAUUCUGUCUCGGCCCAACACACUGCGAGCUCUUCGAAAAAGGGGAAUAAUGAGAAACGUGCUGCUGAAGAAUGGGUGAAAGCACCCGAGUUUGUACCUACAGUUGUGCCUCCUGUUGCUGGAUCAUCUUCUUCUGCAGAUGAAGUAUUUACUUCGGGAACAUCUACAAGCACAUCAAAACCAGCAUCAUAUGCUCAAGCUGUUAAUCCAUCCGGCCAAGCCUCGAGUCCUGCUUUAGAACCUUUGUGCCCAUUUGCUGAAGCAACUGGAAUCUGCAGAAAAUUGAACUGCACAUAUCUACAUGGCGAUAUUUGUGAAUUCUGUAAUUGUGCGGCUCUUCACCCUCACAAUGAAGAACAACAGAAGAAGCAUACAAAUGCAUGUGUGAAACAGCACGAAGCAGAUAUGGAAUUAUCCUUUGCUAUACAACGCAGCAAAGAGAAGUCUUGUGGUGUAUGCUUUGAAACAAUAAUGGAGAAGUCGUCACGAGAGCAAAGGUUCGGUAUUCUGCCGAAUUGUAAUCAUUGCUUUUGUUUAACUUGUAUCAGGAAAUGGCGGCAGGCAAAACAAUUUGACAAUAAGAUCAUAAGGGCAUGUCCAGAGUGUCGUGUUCCAUCAGAUUUUGUCUGUCCCAGCAUGUACUGGGUGGACACGAAGGAAGAGAAGGAAAAGUUGAUAAAGGAUUAUAAAGGCGCUUUGAGUACUAAGGAUUGCAAGUACUUCAACAAAGGUCGUGGUAAAUGUCCAUUUGGUAAUAAGUGCUUCUAUCUGCACGCGCUUCCGGAUGGUACUAAGAAAGAUGUUGGUCCACCACGGAGACGUCAUGCCGAUUAUGAUAUCGAUUUUUUACACCAAUUAAUUUUGUGGGAUUUUCUCGAAGAAAGAGACGAUCGCUGGAUGUACCUUGAUUUAGAAGAAAUCCCGUUUUUCUCUGAUUCGGAUGAUUCCGAUUGGUCUGAUUAUGAGCUGUCCUUCGACUAGAACAAUAGAGCUAGUCGGGUCGUAUUGCCCUUAUCAGAUCACUGAUAUCGUAUUGGGGUUCGACCUUUAGCCACUCCCUUUAUUCUUUACCUUCAUCUUAUCCUUUACGGGCGUAUUAUAUGGCGGCGGGAAGAAUUACUGCAUCUCAAAUAAUUUUGAAUAAUUAUAAUACGAAGACAUUUUAGAUACGUCAGUACUUUAUUUUAACUGGAAUGCGUAUGGAUGUCUAGCACACUGUAAGUGAUACCGAUGCUGUCUGUAGUGCGGUUGAAUUUUCUUUGGAAUACUUUGUAAACCAACUGUCGCAUAAUGUAAUUUAAUUUCCGCAGUCGUCGCAUAAUAUUACGUCGUAUAAUAUUACGGCGUAUAAUUACGUUGCAUAAUUACCGCAUAAUUACCUCGCAUAAUAAACACUGCAUUAGUUUUCUGGAAAAAAUUUGAAAUUUUUAUGGGUACCUUCAAAUAUUUUAAAUAUAUAUAUAUAUUUAUAUAUAUAUAUUUAUAUAUAUAUUUAUAUAUUUAUAUACAUAUAUACAUAUGUUCUUUUUCAACAAAGAUGAAAUUUUUUAAAAUUAGUGCUAUUGUGAGAUAUUAGAUACUGUGUCAUGUAUGAAGUAUUCAUAAGAGUUUCCAAUACAUUCUGAGAAAUUUUGAUAGCAUUAUGAUACUUUUGUGUUUUCAUGUAUUCUCAAAACGUUCGCAUGUACUGCAAAUAGUAUCGAUAUUAUUUAGAGUUUGUUUGAUACCAUCCACACUUGUUAUUUUAUGAGAAUCAAGGACAACGAACUUAUUAUGGCAGUUUUUUUUUGUUAUUUAGCUUGAUCGGAAUUGUCCAGUAUGCAUUCCAGUUAAAAUAAAUUGAACUGAGCUAUAUAGAAAAAGAAUGAAAAGAGAACAAAAUAAUAAUUCAUACGCAAAGAAUGUACAAUAAGUGGUUAUGCAGUUUUACUAAUAAUCGCGGCGCAUAGUUGAAAACAAAAAGAUGACAGGAUAUCAAUACGGACGGUAGUGAUAGUUUUGUUGGUAAUGCAUUGCAAAUACAGAAUCACCUUCUUCGUGCGUCUUGACCAUGCUGUGCUAACUGUUAAUUAUUAUAGCAACUAUUAUUAUUAUUAUUUUUAUUAUUAUUUUUGUUUUAAAUUUUUUCAAUGAAUAAUAUACAUAUACUGAUCAUUUUUCGACGUUCUUUUUUUUAUAGAAUAAUAUUGAUCCGCUUUUGUACACUCGAUAUUAAUUAAUAAUUAUUACGCUUUUCCACGAUAGUCUAGAGAAGUUAAUCUACACAUAAAACCAAGUUGUAAAAUAAUCAUUAUAACCGGUAUUUGUUACAAUUAACGGGUAAAAUUGUUUGCUUUUCUUGAUAAUAUGCAGUUUUCAAGUAUAUGGUCAAGUAUAUCGAGAUGGUUAUGUUAAAAAAAGUGUUAUUGUAGUCUUAAUACAUUUUUUGGUCAACGCUUAAGCAUUUUUUAGUUUACGAGAUUUAGAUCUAGAUUUGCUUAGGUUUAGAUUCUCCGUAAUUUCAAUAAAUCAUUUUUAUGAUAACUUAUCAUUGUUAUCGAAAUAUGAUCGGAUUCUUGCGGUAUGAACAAAAAAGAAAAUUACUACGAUUUGUGUGUCGAUAUGGAAUUUAAACUAUACAACGUAUAUAGUGUAAAUUACCGUUUGAAUCGAUUAUUUCAAUUUGUAAGAAAUAUAUAUAUAUAUCUCUCCUUAGAAUGAGCAUGUUUUGUAAUUGCAAUAUAACUUCGUGUUGAAAAAUAAAAUCGAUUCGAAUCUUUUAUCGCGUUUGUAAAUAUAAUGAAAUUAUGACGUAGCCAUUGGUAAAAGCCAAAUACGCGCUAUAUCUAACAGUGGUCUGUUAAAUUUGUUCAUUUAUCCUUUUAAAUAAGCUUUAUAUAUUAUUGAAGCAAUUACAAAACAUGCUAUUUAGCCUAUUUUAUGCUACUCGUCGAUAUAGAGAGACGAUAACAUUAUUACUUACAUGUAAAAUAUACAGAAAAACCGGACAACGAUUUAUUACAUGUGUGAUCAGUGUGCAUUGUUAGUUCAAUUAUCACUAGUUCAUAUCGAAGGUACGAUCCACAAUUGUCGUCCUACCUCUUGCUAUGGCUCCGCGAAUCUUUAAUACAUUUCUUUAAAUUAUUACAGUUAUAUAGCGUUACUCGUGAAUAAGUAUUCCUAAGACCUCUGAGAGCAAAUGUGCACAGUGGAUGUAACAUAUGUAUAAGAAUAUUUUGCAUGAGUGUGACAAUGUUCGUAUUUGUGUGUAAGUGCGAAUGAAGUAAAACAUUUGCGAGCAAGAGACAGACUACCAAUAGCAUAUAUAGAUUAAUUAUAAUAAUAAUAAUAAUAAAUGUAACAAGAAGGUCGCUUUCCGUCAAGAGUACGCACUUGUAGAUUCAGCGUUUAAGAAAGCAAUUAGGGAAGUACGCACGACGGAGUUGGACCCACGGCAUAGAGCCAUCUGAGAAUCAUCAACGUUUAUACAUUUUAUCGAUUUACUUAAUAAUAGCGACACCGUUUCGAUAGCCGUUUUCUCGAUAUAGAAAUACGACAUAAUUACGCUUUGGAGGGCACAGAAAUUCUCUUCUGUAAAACUGUUAAAGCCGACAAGAUGAGAUACGAGCGAAUAGAGAUAAGCACCAAAGAGAACACGAUAUUUAUCCUUCUAAUAUCGGAUAUUUCGCGAGAAAUCUUUCUUUGACUUACCGCUGAAUGAUCCUUCCUGAGCAUAUCGAUAACAACUAAUAUCGCGGUGUUAUAUAAUCAUACAGAGAGUUUCUGCUCACAUUUGCAAUCUUUUUCGUACUCACGGUAGAGGAAGUGAUCGGUUUUUACAGCGGAGAGUCGUCGGUACUGCCUUCAAAAGCUAUGUGAUUAUAGAUUAAUAUAUCGUUCAUCGCUAUAAGUCAGUGUCUUAAUCCGUGUCAACAAGCGUUUUAUCGGAUCGAUCUUUCACACUAUACUGAAUAUCGUUUACAUUUACCAUGGAAUUUCUAUGCUGUUAAUUUUAUCGAUAAUUGUUAGUAUAAAACGCUUAUUGUUACCCGGUAAUAUUUAUAUAAAACUUCUAUGGUAGGAGCUAUGUGUUUCGAGCGGCUAUUUUUGGAGCUACUUUCUUCAACAAUCGUGAAACUUCCUGAUGAGAGGAAGGAAAAAUGUAUUAACGCUUGAAAGAAUUUAGGAAGAAUGCAUGAUUUUAUUCGGGUUAUUGACGGGAUAUAACGAGUAUUAAAAUGAUAUUCUUAACAUUUCAGUGUCAUUCUCAGGAUGGUUUCGUUAAGUUAGUUUAAAAGUUAUUAGAAUUUACAGAACAGCUUGUGCGUUGUGUCUUCGUGUGCAGAAUUCAAUCACCAAGAUAAACGUAGCAAAUGUACAUUAAUACGAAUUGAUUGUACUAAACAUACCACAUUGAAUAUUGUAUUAUAUAGCGACGUAUAUUCUUUCUUCUUUAACGACCUAAAAUACGCUUCAUAAAUCGUUAUGUAGUUUAUCAUUUACAUAACACGCGUUAAACGCUUCAAAUAUUUUUCUUUUUUACUUUUCCUCUUAUUUUUUUUGUUUCUUUCGCUCAUGGUAUACAUAAUUCUUUAUAGGAUAAUAUUAUGCUCAUUAUAUCAAUUUAUUUUUAGCACGUAUUAUUUAUUUUUAUCUCGUAUUAAACGAAUAUUUUAUUAUGUGGAAAUUAGAAAGUAGGAAGCGUGUUAAAUUUUAAGGGAGACAAUUCGUUGAUGUUGUCCCGAAAUCCCUAUACGUAAUUAAACCUUAUAUUUUUGUAACUUUUUUUUUUAUCGAGUUACGCGUGUUUACAUUAUGAUGUAAAGACUCCGUACUGCAGAUUGAUAUAGUGAUAUAUAAAUGAAAAUCUGAUUUGAUAUAUAGAAAGAGCGCUCCACUGUGGAAAAGUAAAACCGAAAGCAUUGUUGUGCCAGCUUAUUUCUUAUGUCUUUAAUAGACUCAGAUUAUUGUGAAUGAAUUUUUAACCAAUAAAUACGUAGAUCUCAA